AUGAAUAGGCCUGCUCCGACAACGACCAAUAUACCUGGUUUUCACCAUGCGUUGUAUCGGGAACUUGAGUCGAGAACGAAAUAUGUCUGUAUGGGGGCGACGCCAUCGCCAAGUCGGACAGGUGAACGCCCAUCCUGGGCAAUGCUAUCGCCACUCCCAGCGAACCCGCAUCCAGUCGAAAUACCGCCGAUGCAAAGGCCGGCCUACCUGGACCACUCGGCGCUUAGGAGGCAUCUGAUAGUGGACGCUAGUGCGACAGAAACACCCAUACCCGAGCCAACUACACGUUCAUCGUCGGCUUCGCUUUCAAUAGUAUCAGACAGCGAUAUUGAUCCGCGCGAGGCGCGGGGGACGCCAACGCCCGAGCCUCGUAAUGAGUCUACGGAUGCGAUUCGAGUCCCGACGAGGUGGAACGCUGCAGAUAAGCACCAUGCCCUUGUGCUCUCUCCAGACGGCCGCGAAGUUAGAUAUCCAUCCCCAACUCAUUCGACCGACAAAGAAGCUGCUGCUAUCCGUGCGAAUCAUCCCAUGCCCGCGGCUUGUGGAGUCUACUAUUUCGAGGUACAGAUCAUCGAAAAGGGCACACAAGGGCAUAUUGGUAUUGGCUUUUCAAGCCGCGAAGUUGGGCUGAACCGCCUUCCGGGUUGGGAACCCAUGUCUUGGGGCUACCACGGUGAUGAUGGCAAUUCCUUUGCUGGCCAAUCGGAUGGGACCCCAUACGGACCAGUCUUUGGCACUGGAGAUAUUAUUGGAUGUGGUGUUGAUUUUACAGAAGGAACUGCAUUCUACACCAAAAACGGCGAAUUCCUGAAAAAAGCCUUUAGGAAUAUCAAAGGCAAUCUGUACCCCUCAGUCGGCCUACGUACUCCUAAAGAGCGUGUUCUGGCCAACUUUGGUCAAGACCCAUUCAGGUUCGACGUUGCUACCUAUGUGAUGCAACGACGAGAUCGUGUCUGGCGUGAGAUUCAACGCACUCCACUUGAUACGGUUCAGAAUCCCAAGCGGAUCGUUCGGGCGACUGUCGAGAGAGCCACUCUCGAUGCUGCCGAACGAGAAGCAGAUGCUACUGCCCGUACCCUGCGGGCUAGCAUAGCAGCAGGUGGAGGAUCUGGAGAAGACACGUCAAUGGACGAGGAACGACAGGUGGAGACGGCACUUGCCCUGGACGAGGACGACACCGUGGCUCGACAGAGGAUCGUGCGAGCUGUGACUAUAGGCGAUAUUGACUCUGCCCUCACAGAAAUCGAAAAUCGAUAUCCUGCGUUCGUAACUGCCGAUCGAGACGAUGGAACAGAUGACGAAGAUGGCAUGGACGAGGACGGGAAGCUCGUGGAGAUGCUUCUCGCUGCCGAAGGGGAUGAACUGGGGGAAGCCGAACCCGGUACUCCGACCAAAAACUCGCUCGCUCUCAAGGGGAAAGACAAGGGCAAAGGAAGUCUAGCGAAUGCGCUCGAGUAUGGCCAAUUCUUGCACCAGAAAUACGGGCGCGAUACCCGACCGAGUGUCCAAGCUGAAUUACGCGCUGCAUCUGGCUUGGUCGCAUACACAGAUCCUCGGAUGGCAAUGGGUCAUGCUAGGGAACUUGUCAACCCAGGAGCCAGGGCCAAGUUGGCGGAUGAAGUUAAUAGAGUCAUUUUGAGUUCGCAAGGAAGGCCCGAACAUACUGCCCUCGAGAGCGUGUACCGACAAACAGCAGUCGUGACUGAAGUUCUGGCACGAGAAGGGGUUGGCCAAGCCGCGUUUGCGGACGUCGAGAAGGAGUUCUGGGAAGCGACGACAAGCUUAUUGAGCUAUGAAGGAGGCGAAUAG